AUCAGGAAAGAGGUUGACCGGCUUCCAAAUGGUCUUGUGCGCAACCUAAGUGCGCAUUUACAGACCCUGUUCCGGUAGAUAAAGGUGGCGUGAGAUGUAUGUUGUUGGUGGUGGUUAUAGUUUUGACAUUUGUAACGCUUACUCCUGUAUAAGUAAUUCAUUUGCAUGCUCAAAGACAUGUAUAAUUUAAUAACAUUAGACUAUGGUCUUAAAUGAAUGGAUUUUAAUAACGAUCAGUUUAUAACGAGGGUACUUUCAUAGCACGGCGGUCGUGCAUAGGAAGGUCUUCCAACAACCUGUGGAUGGUCGUGGAUUUUCCCCCGGCUUCAUCCGGUUUCCUUCCACCAUAAUGCUGGCCUUCGUCGUUCAAAUUUGUAGUUUUACAUGAUGGGUCUUUUAACAGACACAAAGCAACGAGAGAAACUGUGCAACAUUAUUGUCAAGUUCAACUCUAAACUCUGUCUGGUGGGAUACGUUGUUGGUUUUUGCUGGUUUCUUGCGUUAGGUUAUCAGCCGUUUAAUGCUGGUACAUACUUCUCAGAAAAUGCACUUCUGCCGGGUAUUGUUGACGCUGAUUACUACCAUCAAGCUGAUUUUCAUAGCAAUUUCAAAGAGCUUGAGAAGGAGUUGGAAAGUGAUAAAAGGAAAGUACCAAAAGAAUGGUUGUAUAGAAAAUUCCAGUCCCUAGGUUUAGACGUGUACAUUCAGAACUUCAGCAUCAGAUAUCCUCUAAGUCUGUUACCUGAAGGACAGGUUUUACCAGGUGAGAAUGUGUAUGCCAUUCUGCGGGCCCCUAGGGCAUCCAGCACAGAGGCUGUCGUACUGUCCUCCCUGUUCCGCCCUCUGGCCAGUCCUUACAGCAAAACUACAGCAGGCAUUGCCCUCAUGCUCGCAUUAGCAAACAACUUCAGAAAGCACACAUACUGGGCCAAGGAUAUCAUAUUUGUUGUCACAGAACAAGAGCAGGUGGGAAUGCAAGCGUGGUUGGAUGGUUAUCAUGGUUUCAGGCACUCAGAGUAUAUCAUGGCAGAUGACUUGAAAGGUCGUGGGGGGGCCAUCCAGGCUGCCAUCAACCUGGAGAUUGCUAAUGACAAAAACACUCACCUGAACAUUAAGAUUGAAGGCCUGAAUGGUCAGCUACCAAAUCUUGACCUGGUUAACUUGGUGGUCAAACUGUGCCGCAGAGAGGGCAUCCGACCAACUCUGCAUAAAAGGGAUGACCACAGGCGCCCGGAGAGCCAGGCCGGUUUCACACAUACCCUGAAGACGAUGUUUGCUAUGAUGUGGUCACAGGCCACAGGCAUGGCAUCCGGGAACCACGGACUGUUCCACCGCUAUAACAUCGAGGCUUUAACUCUGGAGGGAUUCAGGAAGAAGAACCACGAGGCGAGAGACCUCAGCACCUUGGCACAAGUUGUGGAAGGAACAUUCCGAAGUCUGAACAACCUCCUAGAGAGAUUCCACCAGUCAUUUUUCUUCUACAUUCUUCCAUCAACCAAUCGUUAUGUGUCUAUUGGGUUGUACAUGCCACCUCUGGCCCUGAUGGUACUGCCGUGUCUCAUCAAGGCUGUGGCCUUGUGGAUUUUGGUGGGACAAAGAGAGAGGAAGAAAUUAGAGGAGAAAGCUGAAGAGGAGAGUAAAAAGUCCACAGAUGAAGGGGACAAAGUGAGUGGAGAUGCAAUGGGAGAUACAGCUGCAAAUGGAGACGAUGACAGUGACUUUGAAGAAGAAGAGGAAUCGGAUCUCCAACAGUCCACCUGGGUGCAGAUUGUGCCAAUUAUCUUAGUUUCCAUGGUGAUUGGUAUGCUUGCCUACACGGGUCCAAACAUCUUUGCAGCAUCUGCCCAGUCCUUCCGACUGCUCACGGAUGAUGCUCUCACCUUUGGAAUUCUCGCGCUGUUUUUAGCUGGAUUAUUUUUCCCAAAUAUUGUAGCAAAGAAGUCUGAAGGGCUGCAGUUUAACUGGGAGGUUCUCAAAUGUGUCACCCUCAUCUAUCAGAGCCUCUGGAUAUUCUCAGCAGCCCUUAUGAACAUCUCAUUGGCUUAUUUCCUAGCCGUUGUCAUGGUGCCUGUCACAGUGAUGGCUCAUCCAAUCAAAAACAGGUUAUGUCACAUGUUACAGAUGCUCCUGAUGUUGGCCGUCUCCCCGCCUGCUCUACUCUAUAUAGCCGCUCUUGUCGAGUCGUAUGGUGGGAAACACUUCAGUUACAGCCUGUGGCCAGGGAAGGCUUGGGAUGUCCUGAAACAGUCUUUGUUCCUGUCCAUUCUUGACAACUAUUUAAUCGGCAACUGGAUCUUCUCUUUCUUCAGUUUUGCUGUCAUGCCAAGCUGGCUGAUGUCCUGGGCAGUCACCAGAAUAGGCAGAUGAGAAAUUUGACUUUUCACAGAAUAAAUAAUUGAUUGUGAUGUUUGUGAAAGCAGCGUUUUGGUGCUCCAGCAAUUUGCUUGAGUCUGAAAACAUUCCAUGCUUUCCUACUGAAAUAGAAAUAUGGGAUUUUCUUGGAACUGUCAGAAAAGGUGGAUUUUACGUUAAAUUGUUCUGGCUCUACAUUGCAGCGCUUCUGUAUGCAUUUUUAUACAUGUGCCUGAAAUGAUCCUGAACAAUGGGUAUUAAAAUGGAGAAGUGGUUGAUAGUUUUAUGUUUUGAUGCCGGUGAUACAGGACUAUCUUUUCAGUAAUUCUUGUGGAUUGUGAAGCUCCAUGUGUGAAAGUGCACUCAGUCAUCUGUUUGCGUUCCAAGCAUGGAAUGAAUGAAUGAAUGAUUAGGGUUUAACACCAUGUUGAGAUCCAGUGUUGGGUGUAUUUGGAUGAUGGUUUCUAUGACUGAAAGCAUAAGGACAUCUCAGGCAGGGCCGUGGCAUUGUAUUUGAAUAACAUGUGUACAGUAACUCUUAACUCUUU